AUGGCCGACCAAAGCCCUUCUGCGCAUACCUUGAAGCGCGUGUCAAGAGCCUGCAUCGUCUGUCGGGCUCGUAAAAGUCGCUGUGACCUGGAAGCCUCAGGCGGACAACCUCCGUGUGGUCGCUGCAAAAAGGAGAAGCGCGAAUGUGUCCUGGGCACCUCCAACCGCGGUGGCAGUCGAGUCAGGAAGAAGACCAUCUCAACGACAUCCACCGCAGGGCUUACCCAUGUUCCUUUAACACCUCUUCUCGACAAGUCUUCGAACCCUCCUUCCAGCUCCUACGUACUAUCUCCUCCCUCUCAGAUUACUCCACGGACAACAACUGGCAAAGAACACCAGGACGGCACAUCAGCAGGAAACACAGCAGAAGACGAUGACUCUGCGUCAACGGUCGACAGUACUCUGGGGCAUACCAUACCGAGAAAUCCUUCCGAUGCAUGGCAGCUUCUGAAGGACGUCGCCAAUCGAGAGGCAGAACAUCUACAAGCAUCAGCGAACACAUAUAAGACUAGUUUGACGCCGAAUCAGAAUGCGGGUGAUGGAUCUGGGUCAGCGCCUCGUGGUUCGAUCAACGGCAUCCAUGCUGGUAUUUCGACUUAUCGCCUGGUCCGAGAGGGCUACCUUGAGCCAGACAUGAUACAAAUGCUUGUUCGACGCUAUGCUGAGCAUUACCAUGCCUACCUUCCUCUGGUGCCACGGAGAUAUUUCGAUCCCGCGCAAUUGGAUAUAUUUGCAGCUAAUGAUAAACAUCUGCUGACUGCCGUUCUGACGAUAUCAUCUAAAGACUUGAUCGAACAACCGAAUAUACACCUCUGUUGUUCUCGAUAUAUGCAUGAUCUGAUAUCAGGGAUCGCUGCAGGUCACGACUGUGAGGUUGAAGCUGUUGAAGCGCUUCUCCUCCUUGCUGAAUGGGAACCACAAGGCCUGCGAAACCGCAUAGAGGCAGUUGGUCGAGGUGAGGAAGACCGCAGUGCGUGGAUGCAUGUCGGUAUUGCGCUGCGAACGGGCUACUUUCUCGGACUGGAUAGAACCGCAUUUCGUCAGGAGUCUGCCGAAGAAGCCAGGAUCGACGGCCGCAAACGCCUUGCUUGGGCCAAUUGCUACGUCUCAGAUCGCCUCAUCUCCGUGCGGAUUGGCAAAGCCUUUUGGUCCCGAGGCCCUGGACCCAUGACAGGGUUAUCUCCUCAAGAUUUUCCCUCCCUGCAGCCAUUCAGUCCAGGUGACGAAGACUACGCAAAAAUCAUGCAAGCCACCCUUGAUCUCACCCAACUCUAUUCUAAUGUGCACGAUGUUCUGUACUCGGGCAUGAGAACCAGUGGGCAGAUGAUGCUCAUGGGUGAUUAUGUCAAGUAUGUCGACGACUUCCGCAAUGCCCUCGCCCGUUGGAACACAACCUGGGGGAAAUUGGAGUGCUCGCCUCACAUCAAAGUUACCCUCCAACUCUCCUACGAAUACUUGUGUCUGUACACCAAUGCAUUUGUGUUCCAAGCUGCAAUAUCUCAGGCCAUUGCCAACAAGCCCAAGACCGAUGCCCACUCGCUGAGAGAUCACCUUCGUAACGUAUUCAGCAACGUUGGCGCAAUGCCUGAUGCACGGUUCAUUUGGGCCAGUGUUGCUGCGGCCAAGGCAUACCUGACUCUCCUCAGUACGCAGAUCGACCCUGGCAGAUUUCUGCGAUAUAUGCCGCUGCGGUAUUAUCUGUAUUGUAUAUACUCGGCUGUGUUUCUGUACAAGGCGAGAUCGUUUGGUGUAAUGUCGGAAAUAGAAGAAAGGCAAGUUCGGACACUGGUCAUCCAAGCCAUGGACGUACUCAAACGAGCUUCUGUCUCUGCACAGGAUCCAGGUUCGCGUUACGCCAGAUUACUGGAGCUGCUGUGGGUGAAGCCUCCCAAAAGUGGUGUCCGAGCACAGCACUCAGUGCAGUCACCAACAGCGUCCGAUACGCAACGAUCCUCAAGUGGUAGUGUCCGGGUCGAUGCUCAGGGAUUUUUCCAAUAUAGUCCGGCCAAUGACUUCUCCUGGCUUGACCUCGAGGCUGUGGGCGACUACGUCUCUGGAGAUCAAUUGUCAGGCAAUGGAGCACACCUUCUUGCUCCCAUGGCCGGCUUCGACCACCCGUCGUUUCUUCCACAAAACCAAGGUGUGCAAUGGCAGCAGCUGAACAACAACACAAACUGGGAUUGGAGCGGUAAUCUAUUCUUUUGAGAAUCGGGGAAGAAUGAUGAACCGCGACCAGACAAUCUCACAACGAUGUUUUGGUUUCUCACCAGCGUACUGUAAGCGAAUGUCUCAUCGGGCCACAGUCGGCCGCCGCUAAUAGCCG